ACAGGAAAGGCAGCGGGGGGCGCCACCUCUAGCCGCGACCGAGCCCCGGAACCUUCGUGUCGGUUCCUGUGGCGGGUACGUGGUCUUAGACGGACGGACAGGAAGCUGAUGGUGGAGAUAACGAAGAGGAUGUAGGAUUGGCGGCGGGAUGAUGAGUACUAAACAGGUGACGUGCAGAUAUUUUAUGCAUGGGGUCUGUCGUGAAGGGAGUCGAUGUAUGUUUUCCCAUGAUUUGUCGACGAGCAAGCCAUCUACCAUCUGUAAGUUCUACCAGAAGGGGCAGUGUGCUUACGGGGACCACUGCAGGUAUGACCAUGUGAAACUUUCUGGAUCUCGAGCAGUGGGACCAGUAAUCUCUAGAGCCACCUGCACACCUGUUGUUCAUGAUGCAGUUGCAAAACCUGCCACUGUAGAACAGACUAUGCCCGUCAAAGCUACUGAAUCUGGAAGAUGUAAGAAGAAAACACUUGAACUAAAAGACCGAGACCUUUGCAACCGAGCAGCAGAAAAAUCUAAACUGUUUCCUUUUCCACCAUCGUACUGCAACUCUACAAAGACUGCAUCGCAUUUCCCUGAACCAGCAAAAUUUCCUUAUGAGGAUGUUCCAGUGAAGCCACCAUCUUAUUUGGAUGCAGUUCGCAGUGGACUAGAUGUUUCAGCAUCAGUAUGCAGCAAUAAUUCUGCACAGCAGCUGUGUCCUUUUGCCUCAGUUGGUGACUGUCAUUAUGGUGACAGCUGUUUAUACCUUCAUGGGGAUGUGUGUGAAGUUUGUGAACUGCAAGUACUUCAUCCAACUGACCUUGAGCAACGAAGAGCACAUGAGCAGAUGUGCCUCAUGGCAUUUGAACAAGACAUGGAGAAAGCCUUUGCUGUGCAAAAGAGUCAAGAUAAAGUCUGUAACAUUUGUAUGGAGAUAGUCUAUGAUAAAAUGAUACCAUCUGAGAGAAGAUUUGGAAUUCUUUCUGACUGCAUUCACCCAUAUUGUCUGUCCUGCAUUAGACAGUGGAGAUGUGCAAAGCAGUUUGAGAAUAAAAUAAUCAAGUCCUGCCCUGAGUGUCGAGUGGUUUCUGAAUUUGUAAUCCCUAGUGCUUAUUGGGUAGAGGAUAAAGAGGAGAAGGACCAGCUUAUUGAAGCAUUCAAGCAGGGAAUGAGCAAGAAGGCUUGUAAAUAUUUUGACAAAGGGAAAGGGUCCUGUCCAUUUGGUGGAAAGUGCCUUUACCUUCACGCUUACCCUGAUGGAACAAUGGCAGCACCUGAGCAGCCAAGGAAACAGCUCAGUUCAGAAGGCAACGUGAGGUUCCUUCACUCGGUGAGACUAUGGGAUUUCAUUCAAGAACGGGAGCACAGGGAUAUUCCCCAAAAUACAGCUGAAGAUGAAGUAGCAGAACUUGGAGAUCUCUUUAUGCAUCUUUCAGGAGCAGAUGAGCACACUGCAUCCAGUGAGAGUCAGGCUGAUCAGCCUGUUUCUGUAGUGUUAUAAUAUGCUAUAAACUAAAUUACACCUUACUUCUGCUGAAGCACAUAACUGAUUCACCUAACUGUGGAAACUUGGUUCCAAGUUGUUUGAACUAGAACUCCUAUAUAAUAGGAACAAAUGGUACAAUGAAACUAUGGUUGAAUCAGAACUGUAUUUUGCAGGGUUUGCUGUAUUUAAUUGAAUUCAAUUUAUUUAAGAAUUCUGAAGGGUUUUUUAAGUAAAAAAUCACUGCAGAGCACAGUACUCAGUAUGUUUCAGACUUCUUUUCUAGCAUUAAGAAUUUUCUUCUAGCUGUAAUUUUAAAAGGAAAAGAUGUAACUAAUUGGUAGAGUAUACAUUAGUCAUAAAGAAAUGUGUUUGUAGCUUGGAUCCACGGUUGAAACUGCAGAAGUUAUUCAUUUCUCCCCCUUUUCAUUCAUUUCCUAAGCUCAGUUGGCUGUGUGUCAGUGCUUUGCUGAACUGGCUCCAUAUGAUACUAUAGAGUGGUCUGGAUUUGAUUAAUUUUGACAUUUUUUUUCCUGCUUUGAUGCAGUACCUGACUUCUGCAUCCCAGAAUAUUGCCUACUAAUAGCAGGAGUAUAUAGCCACCAGCAAAGGUUUUGUCAUCGUCUUGCCAAGCCAGCAGACGGUUAAGUUGCUGCCAGCCUACAGUAUUUUGCUAUUUUCGAAUCAGCUUCCAGCAACUGCGUAAGAACAACCUGAAGCAACUUAAUCCUCUCCCUGGCUGUCAGACUGAAGUGAUCUGAUCAAUGUUGUAAAUCUGUUUUGUUUUAAUCCAAACUGUUGCAUAGCAAGUACAUAUGAAAAAUGUUAUGUAUUGUCUUUUCUUUUAAAAUUACAAGGACAAAUGAAAGAAAAUUAAAAUAUAUUGUACCACAGAUCAUACAAUUUGAAGCAAUUUGCAAAUAAAAUAGUUUAAAUCUUUUUACUUAUUGUUAUUUUGCUAAAUAUUCUCAUUAAGCAAAAUACUCAUUAAUCAUGUUGGACCUGAAAUGGUGUGGCUUAGUGCAGUAUUAUGAUAAAAAUCAGUAAAACACAAGGUCCCGGAAUUGCAAAUAAAAUUAUUUUCACCCUUAAUUGGUUCCAUUAAGUCAAUGUUUUCAGUUGCCAACUUGCCAGGGUAUUUCAAUGUGAUAGGUAGCUAUUCAGAAAUUGUUUGCUGUCCUUCCAAAUUGUGGGAUUUGAAGUGGAAAGACAGAGAAACAAGGAACUAAAAAAAUUCUACCAGCCAAACCUACUUUAUUUGAUGGUAGUGUUUGUAUUUUGUUAUGUGAAAUAUUAUAGCUCAAGUGUAACAUAUUUGAACUGUAACUGAGUCAUGUCAGAAAAUGCGGACUUGCCAAAGCAAUUGUGAAGGUCAGGGUUUGUCAUUAACUACUCCACUUGAACGUUUAAAGCCUUUUAAAUCUGCAUUGUUUAAAAAGAGGUAUUAACUGGAAUGAGGAAAAUGAGAUUCUAACACUGAAAACUUCACCAUCUCUUAAUUUAAAAUAGUAAUGAAACUACCAUAGAUGGUAAAUUCCCCAUAGAUGGAUUCUGAGUUCUGUUGUACCUGCCAGAUAUUGGGUAAAGUUCUGUAUUUACAAAUGCUGUCCUUUUCCAUUGUGUAGUAAUGCUGCUUUGAAUAAAAUUUUCCUUUGGCAGAGA